GCAGAGACGCACGCCGUUUCCUUGGUAACCACAUUACGUUCGCAAUUUCACCUGUCAGCUUAAUGAAAACAUGGACAUUCAGGAACUGAAAGCCUGGAGCUGUGGAGACAACAUGGUAGAAGUGGUUGAUAUGGACGAAGAGAACUUCGCUACGUCCAGUUCCUCAGCUGCAGAUUCUGCUUUUGAUGCUGUCAUUGGCUGCAUAGAGGACAUCAUCGUGGAGGAGGAGUUCCAGCAGCUUCAGAGAAGCUUCAUGGAAAAACACUACAUGGAGUUUGAAGACUCUGAGGAGAACAAGCUCAGCUACACACCAAUCUUCAAUGAAUAUGUUGACCUGCUGGAGAAACACCUGGAGCAGCAGCUGACGAAUAAGAUCGCCGGCUUCAACAUGAACAAUUUCAUACAGCUGCUCAUGCAACACAAGGAGGAGGUACCAGGGGACAUUUUUGACAUGCUGCUGACGUUUACUGACUUCAUGGCCUUCAAGGAGAUGUUUCUGGAUUAUCGAGCAGAGAAGGAGGGUCGAGGUCUGGACCUAGGUGAUGAACUGCUUGUUACAUCUCUGAUCCCUGCAGGUUCCAAACACAGCAGCAGCACUGAAUUGAAGUGAAACUCACACACUUGAAUGACCUCCUGCUCCAUGUUCCUUAUUAUCCAUGGGCCUUCAGAUUUUCCUUAACUUGUGGUCCCUGUUCUCGUAUAUUCUGUGCUCUGACUUCGAGCUGCAGGAUAAACCCAAGAUAAAUCUACAGUCUGCAGUUUUUUGUUUUUAAUGUGACCAAUGUAAUGGCAUAUGUGUUCCAUGAACCACUUAAGGGAAAAAGAAGAAUCCUCCCCAACCACACCGGUGGACAAAAUAGCUCCUUGAGAUAUUUGUAUUGUGUCACUGGAUUAUGCAGAUAGAGUCCAAAUUCUAACCUUACAUCUUUGUCACAUUUGCCCAAGAGAUUUCUAUUUUCUGCUUGGGUAAGAGAGCAGGAACCCUACACUCUGGUCCUUGUGAAAAAUGAACCUCCUUGUCAUAAGGGGAGACAUUUGAUAUGUUUGAAUUUCUUUGCCCGGUAUUAGAAAAAUAUACCAGAAGUAGAAUAUGUAAGACAAUUUUAAAUUAUUUGUUGCAUUUGAAAACUGAUUGGAUUGAUUUUUGUGCCUGUGAAAGUCAUUUUGAAUGUAUAAGUUGAUUGUGUCUGUGUUUAUGUCUACUAUUAGAAUUAAGAGUUAUCGUUUAAAGGACAAUGUUGAAGUGUUUUUUACAUGACGGUAUUAAUUGUUUACGUUUAAUAAUGUCACUGGUGAAAUGCUGUAUUGACAUUUGUAAGUAGAAAUAUAUUUUAAAAUAAAUAGUUCAAGCCUUCA